UGUUGCUUGGCCACCAUCGCGCAUUCUGGGGAAGUUGACCUCUUUCUGAGCUCUUUGCUUCAUGCGGAAUUAUUGAACCCUCGACACCUCACGUUGCCCAAUUUGCUUGGAUCCGCCUAGCAAGAACUUUUCUCCCAAUGUCCUUUGACCGCCGCAGACAGGCGCGCAUCGCGGCCUAAAUAGGUGAUCUCUCGCUCCUUCCCGCCCACACGGGACGUACAAGUCCGAGAGACAUCCGCAUUCCCCGAGGCAGGCGCGGCAAGUUCUCACACACGCGCACUCACGCACAUACACACACGCACGCACACCACGCCCAGAAUUUCAAGAAUCAUGGAGUCUCAGCAGACGGCGCAGGCCCCAACCCGACCUGCCGGAUCGGGCACAUACAAGCGCGCAAGCAGGAAGGGAGCCCCGCGCCGCUUUGCCUGCGACUAUCCAGGUUGCGACAAGCUUUAUUCGAGGGCCGAACACCUCCAGCGACAUCAGUUGAACCAUGCGCCCAAGGAGAUCUACCGUUGCGACAUUGCCGGGGUACGCGCUCUCUUUCCUCCUGUUUCAACUCCGGAUGAGUUGCUCAGAUGCCAUGGCUGCCCCGCUCUGUCACCAUCUUCCGUUCUCAACAUUCAUCCCACCCACGAGGCGUAGGACUCGCUGACGCCGGGGAGCAGUGUGAACAAAAGUUUGUGAGAGCAGACUUGCUAGCGCGGCAUAGGAAACGGCAUUCCGCCUCCUACGUACCUAGAAACCGCAUGCCCAGCUUCAGUGCGACCGCCGAUUCUUUGCCGCCGGCUACCGUCUUGUCGCCAACCCCCGUCACCGAAGCCCGCCCAGUCCUUUCUCGUGCUCCGCAUGACGCCGCCAUCUUGCUUGGCCCGGAUACCAGCUCACAGCCAUCUCCGUCCCUGCCGAACCCUGAUCCGCGAAAGAUGCACCAACACUCCAGCUGGCAGGCCCAGCUUCCCGAUGUUGGGGCCUGCAACAUUAUCCGACCCAAGCCCGGUUAUUAUCCCCAGCAGCAGCAGAGGAUCCCGGAGCAGUCGGCUUCCAUGCCUUACCAUAACUCCGAGUUCCAGUCCGACGACAUGUCCCGUGAGAACUUCGCCGUGUGGUUGUUCAACCCACACGCGCCAUACGGCGAGUUCAACGUUUCUCAUGUUCCCUUUAUCGACGGCGGUUUAGAGUCAACGCUUAACAACAACAUCCAUUACGAUUAUGAAUCGUUGACAAGCGGACGGUCUCAGCUCGAGACUCCUACCCGCCUUGCCGAAACCGACGAGCUCCUCUCCGAGUUUCGCCGGCAGGAGAUACUUCGCUGGUUCCAGGUGUUUCGCCAGAAACAACCCAAAGCCGAGCCCCUCGUUGCGAACCUCGUGCAUGACAGCAACGGGGAUAUCCCGGCCCUAGGCCUGGAGAUGAUGCGUGACUGCCUGCAGGAAUACUGGGACCGCGUAUCCCCUCGCCUCCCUAUCGUGCACAAGCCGACUUUCUCGUGCAACCGAUGCUCCAUAUUCCUGCUCAUGGUCAUGGUCUCCUUGGGCGCCGUCUCGCUGCGAACCAGGGACUCGACAGGGAACUUGGCUGACUAUGGAGGCUUCGCGGACAUGAUCAUACUCGGAGUUAGGUCCGAAAUCCUGACUGCUGAGGAAGCACAACCUCCGGUCUCCUUGUGGGUUUCCCAAGCAUUACUGCUGCUGGAGUUUUACGAAAAAAUGUACUCGUCUCGAAGACUCCAUGAAAGAGCCCAUAUCUACCAUACCGUUGCGCUCACGCUCCUCCGCCGUGGAAGUCCCCUCAUUGGCCGUUCCGGGAGCGAGUCACCCCCCGAGCCGCCGUCGGCCGAUCAGCCGCAGGGUGGUGCUCUGGAUUCUCACACCUGGUGGUGUCGAUGGGCUGAGACCGAAGCGAUGCACCGGGUUGUUUUUGCUGCGUUUAUGAUGGACAUCAUCCAUGCCGCCAUGUUCGGACACACAGCAGACAUGGCGCCACACGAGAUUCGACUUCCGCUACCUUGCGACGACAAUAUGUGGACAGCUUCGAAUCCAGACACGGUGCGGCAGCUCGAUCAAAACUUGCGCAUGUAUGGAAUCAAGCCAAUAUCAUUUCUUGAUGGCCUGAAGCGUGCUCUGCAUGGUAAGGAGGUCAAGACCCAUUCAUUUGGCCGCAUGAUCAUCAUGUCUGGCCUUCUCGGUGUCGGCUGGCAUCUCAGCCACAGGGAGACGCAUCUUAAGUGGCUAGACCUGAGCGCGCCGUCUGCUGAAACCCACGAGACUUGGAAGAAGAUCCUCUUGAAAGCAUUUGACGAUUGGAAGCACAGCUUCGACGCUGCUCAGGGAGCAACGGGAAACCCUAAUCUUACCGAUGCCCAGGGUGCGAAUGGCCCCGUUCACAGUGCAGCUGUCCUUUACCACCUCGCUCACAUCAGCUUGCACGUUGAUAUCGUCGACUGUCAGGUUUAUGCCGGCGCAAAGCGGUUACUGGGGAGGAAGGUUUCGGUGAGAGAUUACACCAAUGUCGUCGCUCGCAUGAGAGUCUGGACCUCUCUGCCGUCGACCAGCCACGCCGUCCUGCACGCUUUUCGGCUUCUUCACCGAGUACUGGUUGACCCACGACGCGGUGCGAGCGCGGGCGACCGCGAUCGGUCGGAUAUUGGACCGGGAGCCGUCAUCCUUCCAUCUCCUGAGGUUCACAUUUAUUCCUGCCGCAACGACCCGGACCCGCACCGCCCCUGGGUUAUGUACUACGCAGCUUUGAGCAUCUGGUCCUUUGUGAGGGCUGUCAGUCGCCAGGACUCGCUUCACGAGCCCAGCGGCCAAUCGGGGACCCCAUUCCGGCCUGGCAAACCUUUACCUGUCGAUCAUCAACGUCUGGCUGCCUAUCUGUCCGAGAUUGCCAGUCUCUCAGAGCUCACAGAAAAUGCAGUAGCAAGCCUGGGAAAUGGCCUUCCGGACCUGCUUGAUGCUUUAAGAUUGGUGUUUGCUGAGGCGCAUUCCGAGCUACUGCAGGAAGCGCAAGUGCGGCUGAGGAUGUGCAAAGAGAUGCUCAUCAACUCCGCUGGAUGAUCAACCGUUGCUUGCCCAGGAACCUCGAUGGAUGACCAGGCAGUGUAGCUUUGUUGGUCGGCUGCGGUAUCGACCUUUUAAGCCUAAUGGCGCUGCGAACCCAGUAAUCAAGCAGGCCGAUGUGCCCCUCACGAGUAGUCGCUGUGCUACCCCGCUGAGGCAACAAGUGAGCUAGCCCGCCCUCUGCACCCUGAAUAUCAUGGAGUAAGU